UUCUUAUUAUAUUCUCAUCUUAUUGUUAGUGUGAAUCGUUUAGUCAAUUCUCGCGGAUAGAAUAAACUGCCGCAGUAUAUUUUACGAUAUCCUAGCUACGAUGGCUGCAGAUUGGAGGGAAGCCGCUAUCAGUGAAAUACAUACCAUGAGGAACAAGGCAAAUCUGUCGCGGCAUUUCUCCAACGUGAUCAUCGGACUUCAUUCGGCCGCGGCAUUUUCCUAUGGUAUUGGCGUGCUCGUAUCCCAUAGUAAUGAUUACAACAUUGAUGGAGACAAGACGCCUGCUCGUGAGUUCACGCUUAAACUACAGCUCCCGUUUGAGAGUGACAAGUCACCUCGAUACGAGCUCGUUAUGUGUUUGGAGUUUUGUCAUCAAUUGGCAUCUUCUGCCAUGACUGGCGUAUUGAAUUCUCUAAUCGUCACAUUAAUUCUUCAUGCGAGUGGUCAGAUAGAAAUUUUGUGUGAUGCAUUAAGAGACGUUUCUUCCGAUAAAAACAAUCAACGUUUUGUUAUUUCCAUCAUGAAGGAAUUGAUCGGGUUUAUGAUUGUAACAUCGAUAAGUACGCAAGACUCGGAUACGAUUGAUAGUUCGUCAUUAAUGAAAGCUAUUGUGUUUUACAUGGCUGCUACGGUAGAGGCGUUCAUCUUCUGCUUUUGUGGAGAGUAUCUCAGUGCCAAGAGCAAAAUGAUUAGCGAUGCAGCGUACGAAUCGAUCUGGUACGAUUUCAAACCAAACGAAUGCAAGCUUAUCCUGUUUAUAAUAUUGAGAUCACAAAGAAGGCUUACCAUCACGGCUGGAAAGAUCAUGGACUUGUCACUAGAGGGAUUUACGAGUAUUAUAAAGGCCUCUGUUUCAUAUAUAUCAUUAUUACACGCGAUGUAUUGAAGUUCGAAAAUUGUGGGCCAAUGUGCUUAGAUGCCCAUUACAUGUAGCUAAAGAUAUUAAUAGAAACUCUUUACCAGUCCUUGCUUGUCGAUAUCUAUGAUGAUAUGACAAUAAUUAUGCAAGUUAA